UAAGGUUUUACUAGAGAUCAUGGGUGAUCAAGUAAAAGAGUUUGGAAGAAUACUUGAUUACAGAGAUGAAGUGUUGAGAACAAAUCCUGGAAGUACUUGUGUGGUGAAAGUGUCUACUACAGAAUUUGCUGAAGAUGGUAGGCCUUGCUUCUUAGGUUUCUACAUCUAUUUUGAUGCCUUGAAAAGGUCAUUUUUGAGUGGUUGUAGAAAAUGCAUUGGGUUAGAUGGUUGUUUCUUAAAGGGUUGUAGCAAAGGCAACCGCUAGUUGUUGUGGCUAAGGAUGGCAACAACCAGAUGUUGCCAAUUGCUUGGGCUGUUGUGGAGUAUGAGAACAAAACCACAUGGACUUGGUUUAUGAAAAUAUUGAUUGAAGACUUGAACUUAGGGGAUGGGACUGGUUACACAGUCAUUUCAGAUAUGCAGAAGGGGCUUCUUGCCACUAUAAAAGAGCUGCUACCAGAAGUGGAGCAAAGGCAAUGUGCUAGACACAUCCUUGCAAACUGGUCAAAAGAUUGGGGAGGCCUUGAAAGGAGGCUGAUUUUUUGGAAAUGUGCUAGAAGCACAUUUGAGGAGAAAUUUGGACAAAUUAGAGCUGCUUGGUGGUGAGAAGAUUGUUGAGGAUUUACUCUACUACAAGGAACACACUUUUUGUAAGGUAUACUUUAAUACUGAAACUAAGUGUGACAUCAUUGACAAUAAUAUGGCUGAGAGCUUUAAUGCUUGGAUCUUGCCUGCAAGACACAAGACCAUCAUAACCAUGCUAGAAGAGAUUAGGGUGAAGGUAAUGACUAGGAUAGGUGUGAUGAGGUCUUUUGCAAACACUUGGGUGACAAGAAUAUCUCCAAUGGCAUUAAGGACAUUAGAAGAAAACAUGGGGAAGUCAAUGAACUGUAAUAUUGUGUUUAAUGGUGAGCAUGGGUUUGAGAUUCUUGAUGGUCCAUAUCAGCACACUGUUGAUAUUGUCAAUGAGAAAUGUAGUUGUAGGUCAUGGCAGCUCAAAGGAAUACCAUGUCCACAUGCCAUUUGUGCCAUGUUGUACAAGAAGUAUGAACCUAUUGACUAUGUCCAUGACUACUAUAGCAAGGAGAACUGGUUGAAAACAUAUUGUCACUACAUUCAACC